AAGGUAAAACCUCUCCAUUCUUCCCUUCCUCCGCCGAUCGGCACACCACACAGACAACAACACACUCUGCUGAAAAUGCCAAAGCCAACAAUCCCUCUUUCAUCUUUGCACCUGCGCAAAUUCCACCUCUUCCGUUGCUUCUCCGCGCUCCCCAAUUCGCACGCCCGCCAUUUCCUCACCCUUCAGCCGCUUCCGCUGCCGCCGCCGGGGCCGCGAUUCCAGCCUCCAAAAAUUUUCCCCCACUCCAGCUCCUUUCAAUUUCAGCGCUUUUUUAUUAGGGAUUUUUCUUCCGAGGCCGAUGGCGCUUCCUCGAGUUCUGUCGCUGAAAGCGAGAAGGAGUCAGGGGAAGAAUCCAUGGCGGAAUUGCUUUCCAGCGAGCUUCUGAAAGAUCUCGUUGCAGAGCCUCUCCCGUUGCCUAAGAGGCUCGAUCUUUCUUUCUCUCACAUAACUGUAAGCUCUGAUUUAAUCCUCGAUACGCUUAAUAUUUCCCCCGAUGCGGGGCGUGUAGCUCUUGAUUUCCUUAAUUGGGUUAAGUCUCGGCCUGGUUUUGAGCCAAGUGAUGAAGUUUAUUCACAUUUUGUCGAUUAUUUUGGGAGAAGAAAGGAUUUCAAGGCUGCUCAUGAGGUUAUUGUGGAUGGAAAAGGAGUAGUAGGGAUUAAGUGUCUUGAGGCUUUAGUUGAUAGGUUGGUUAGAGCAGGUAGGCCUACACAAGCUGUGUCGUUAUUCGAUUCGAUGGGGAAAGAGUAUGGAUUUGCAAGGAACAUGGAUUCACUGAAGCUGAUAGUAUUGCGUCUUUGCGAAUUCGGGUUUGCGAGUUAUGCUGAAAAGAUGGUCAAGAGUUUGGCUAAUGAGUUCUUUCCAGAUGAGUAUAUAUGUGAUGCAUUGAUCAUGGGGUGGUGUGUUGAUGAGAAAUUAGACGAGGCGAAGAGAUUGGUGGAGGAAAUGAGACGGGGAGGGUUUGAGAUUGGUACGAAUGCGUACAAUGCGAUUUUAGACUGUGUUUGUAGGUUGUGUCGAAAGAAGGAUCCUUUCAGGCUUCAAGGGGAGGCUGAGGAUGUUUUGAUUGAGAUGGAAAGGAAUGGCGUGCCGCGGGAUGUGGAUACGUUUAAUGUGCUGAUUACCAAUUUGUGCAAGAUUAGGAAAACUGGGGAUGCGAUGAAUCUGUUUAACAGGAUGGGGGAAUGGGGUUGUUACCCUGAUGAAACUACUUUUGUUGUUCUAAUUAAAAGUUUGUAUCAGGCUGGACGGAUUGGCGAAGGUGAUGAAAUGAUCGAUAGAAUGAAGUCGGCAGGAUAUGGGGAUGCUUUGGAUAAGAAGGCUUAUUAUGAAUUUAUGAAGAUACUGUGUGGGAUCGAAAGAGUAGACCAUGCACUGAGUGUUUUUGAAAAGAUGAAGGACGAUGGCUGUGAACCGGGCAUUAAGACGUAUGAUUUGUUGAUGGGAAAGCUGUGCGCUUACAGGCGUUUGAAUAAGGCGAAUGCACUUUACAAGGAAGCUGAGAGUAGUGGAAUACCAGUCGAGCCUAAGUCUUACAUGGUCGAUCCAAGAAUUGUGAAGAAGAAGAAGGAGGCUGCUGCUGCAGCUGCUUUGAAGAAGGAGAAGAAAAGAGAGACAUUGCCUGAGAAGAUGGCCCGUAAAAGAAGACGCCUUAAGAAGAUUAGGUUAAGUUUCGUGAGGAAGCCAAAGCGGACAAUGCGCCGUGCUCUUUAAUUUAUUCAGGGUUUGAUUGUAUUUCAGUCACAUUUAAAGUUUGUGAUGGUUAGUCGUUUCAGGUAAUUUUUCUAUCAUCAUUUUUCUGAUUCAGCUUUAUUUUUUUGACACAUUUACCUUGUUAUUGGACUUAAAAAAAAAAAAAAUCUUUUUCUGAUUAGUAAGUUGUGUUUGAAUUUCAAUCCUGUUUCGCCACAAUGUUUAUGAAUGUUCCUAUGCUAAUAUCAGCUAUUUUUGGGACAUUUCUUGCCCAUCUCUACCGAAGUGUU